UUUGUGUUCAUUCUCUUCAAGCCAUUCAAUCCGUGAAGAUCGAUUGCGAGUUUUAUAUUGUGUAAAAGUCUGUGAUUAAAGGUUCAAUAAGCUCUAUUCAAAAAUGUAUCUUAUUAGUUUAAGUUUAUUAAUCGGAUUAUUGGCAUGUGCUAUUGAAGGGAGAGAGACGAAAGAAGCUCUUCCUAUCGUCUUAUGGCAUGGAAUGGGCGAUACGUGCUGUUUCCCGUUUAGCUUGGGCGGUUUUAAAACCUACUUGGAAUCCGAGCUUGGUGUGUAUGUUAAAUCACUUGAAAUUGGUGACUCAAUCGUAACGGACUACAAAAGUGGUUAUCUAAUUCACCCUAACAAACAGGUGGAUGAUGUUUGUCAGCAAAUCAGCAAUGAUUCCAAACUAGCCAACGGGUACAACGCAAUUGGCUUCUCCCAAGGGGGACAAUUUCUUCGAGCAGUUGCCCAACGUUGUCCACCGCCUAGAAUGAACAACUUGAUCACACUAGGAGGACAGCAUCAAGGCGUGUUUGGACUACCUUAUUGUCCUUCUUUGAGCAGUAAGACAUGCGAAUAUUUCCGACAGAUGCUGAACUACGCCGCCUAUGCCCGGUGGAUGCAAGACUAUCUAGUGCAAGCUACAUAUUGGCAUGAUCCACUGAACGAGCUUGUGUACAAAGAGUCCAGCAGCUUCUUAGCCGAUAUCAACAAUGAACGAGCGAUCAACCAAACAUAUGUUGACAAUUUGCAAAUGCUGAAUAAAUUCGUAAUGGUGAAAUUUACGAAGGAUAAAAUGGUGCAACCAAUCGAGUCUCAAUGGUUUGGGUACUACAAGCCGGGACAAGACAAGGAAGUUGAAAAACUUGAGGAAUCUGAGUUGUUUCUUAAGGAUCGCCUUGGUCUUCAAGAGAUGCAUAAACGAAAUAAACUUGUUUUCUUGGAAUGUGAAGGAAAUCAUCUGCAAUUCACAAAACAAUGGUUCAAGGAGAAUAUAUAUCCUUUCCUAUAAACCAAAGAAUUAGCUCAACGAUGGGAGACGUGAUUGCAAUUGUGCGUACGGUUUUGAAUAGGAAAGUUCUACAAUUUUUUAGCUUACCAUCGAACUCGAACUUAAUCACGGUGCCUUCAAUGUUAUUAGACAGUGAUAUUCCAAAAUUCACAAUGUUGAGAUAACUAGAUACGGCAUCGUAUCAUGAUUGUCAUCCCUGUGAUCACUGGAACAAUAAAAUUUUGGGUAUAGUAUCACUUUUAUUAGACCUCAAUAUGUUCUUAAUUGUAUUUCUAAACAUGAAACAUUAUUGACUUGCUCGUAUAAAUCCUAGGAAAGCGAUCCCAAAUUAAUAAUAAAGAUAUUUUAUCCAGUUUAGGAACUAAUUACUACCAAAGUUUGAAUACUGAUAUUCUGAUAAGGCAUACCGGGUGGAACGUAGUAUGACUGGGCAGGGAAUUAAUAACAACGAUACUACGGUUAAUUUGCGGUAAAAAAUUGUCUAUGAUGUACAGAUUCUUGUGAUUAGUACAUAGCUUUAAACAACAAUUCAAGAUAUUCAAUAAAGCAUUUGUUGUCUUUCGAA